CACACACACAUCAGAACUUCAUAAUCUAUUACUAGCAUCUAAAAUUAAUAUUGUUGCUGCUGCUAUAGCAAUGAUGGACAGCAAGUCGCAAGUUAUUACAUGUAAAGCUGCUGUAUGUUGGGGUGACGGAGAGGAAAUGAAGGUGGAGAAUAUACAAAUAGAUCCUCCUAAAUCUUCUGAAGUUCGCCUUCAAAUGCUUUGUGCUAGUUUUUGUCACUCUGAUAGCUUAUGCUCCCAGGGCUUUCCAUUUCCAGUUUAUCCCCGAGUUCUCGGGCAUGAAGGCGUCGGGGUUGUGGAGAGUUUAGGAGAUGAAGUGAAAGAUCUUAAAGAAGGAGAUUUUGUAAUACCAACCUAUGUUGGGGAAUGCCAAGAAUGUGAAAAUUGCAUUUCAGGAAAAACUAAUUUAUGCCUAAAAUACCCUUUAACUAAUUUUAAUGGGUUAAUGGCUGAUGGAACUACAAGAAUGUCUAUUAGAGGCCAAAAAUUAUAUCAUCUUUUUUUCUGCUCAACUUGGUCUGAAUACACUGUGAUUGAUUCCAAUUAUAUUAUCAGAAUUGAUCCCACUCUAAAUCUUGCUCAUGCCAGCUUCCUGUCUUGUGGAUUUUCCACUGGAUUUGGGUCAGCUUGGAAAGUUGCCAAUGUUCAGAAAGGAUCUAGUGUUGCUGUUCUAGGCCUCGGUGCUGUUGGAUUAGGGGCAAUAGAGGCAGCUAAAAUAUUAGGGGCAAAUAAAAUAAUUGGAGUGGACAAAAAUGAAAGGAAAAAAGAAAAGGGGGAAGUAUUUGGUAUGACUGACUUUAUAAAUCCUAAUGAAUCAGAAAAAUCAAUUUCAGAACAGAUUAAAGAUAUAACAGGUGGAUUAGGUGUGGAUUAUUGCCUUGAAUGCACUGGUGUCCCAUCUUUAGUUAAUGAAUCUCUUCUUGCUACAAAACAGGGAAUUGGAAAAACAAUAGUAGUUGGAGCAGGGAUUGAACCAAAUGUUCAAAUCAGCUUCCUCCCCCUUCUCUGUGGUGGAACUUUGAUGGGUUCUAUUUUUGGAGGACUCAAGAUUAAAUCUGACAUCCCAUUCUUACUUUCCAAAUACAAGAAUAAGGAGCUAUUGACACAUGAAGUAUCAUUGGAAGAUAUAAAUGAAGCAUUUCGACUGGCCAUGCAGCCUCAUUGCGUCAAGGUUCUCAUCAACAUUCAAUCACAUAGAAACUAAAGCAAGCAGAAAACAGAGACAUUAUAUUUUGUGUUUAAACUUGUCCAUUAAUAGAAGAACUGGUUAGCGUUGUUUUAAAAACCGAACCGGUGACCGAAUCGGUGGCCAAACCGAUAAAGUCACUGAUUCGAGGUUCAACCGGUUCAACUGGUUAGAUUGCCAAUUGAACUGGUUGAGUGAAUUUGGUACAAAAUAAUUCAUUUUAAUAUACUAAAUAUUUAAAAUUUUAUAAAUAUAUAUAUAAAAAAAAUAUAAUUCAACACAAAUAAGUAUAUU